GACGCGGAUGACAGUGAGAACCAAGUGAGAACCGACUUCCACUCAACUUCCACUUAUUCGCCAUAACUGAAACCUGGAUCCUCGCAAUCGUGCUCAAACAGUUGACCCACCACACCCGCCUUCCCACACGCAGAUCACUCCAUCCACUCCUCCCACUCUCCCUCCCUUCCCUAUCGCAAAAAUGUCAACACCAAUGGACAUCGACAACCCGCCCACAGACGUCGUCGACACAGCCGAGCCCGGCAGCAGCACGGCCAAACCAAAGAGCGCAAAGGGCAAGGAAGCCGCCGCGGGAAAGAAACGAUUCGAGGUCAAGAAGUGGAAUGCUGUAGCGUUGUGGGCUUGGGAUAUUGUGGUCGACAACUGUGCCAUUUGCCGAAAUCACAUCAUGGACCUGUGCAUAGAAUGCCAAGCGAACCAAGCAUCAGCGACGAGCGAGGAGUGUACUGUGGCCUGGGGAAUCUGUAAUCACGCGUUCCAUUUCCACUGCAUAUCCAGGUGGUUGAAGACCCGCCAAGUGUGUCCAUUGGAUAACCGAGAGUGGGAGUUCCAAAAGUACGGUCGCUAAGGAGGUGUUGUAUAUAAGAUGGUUGCUCUUCCGAAGAUUUGUCGUUUAGUUUUUCCCGGGCUCGUUCUGGCGAGCACUUUCGCUCGCUCGCAGAUACCUACACCCCUCCUUUACCUUUUGAUCAUGAGUGUAUAUGAUUUACUUACCUCUGCGUCAUGACAAAUAUACCUUUCCUCUGUGCCGGUCCACACUGUUUGUGACAUGCUGUGCGGCCCGCAGGUGGAUGUUUGGGAG